AUGAACAAAAACAAACUGAUUCAUGAUUUCCUUGAAGCGGUUUCAAGGGGUGAUGUGGGAUGCAUUUGUGGCCGUAUUCCUGAAGUCCACUCAGUCCUUGGAAACCUUGACUUUCAGCACCCACAGACCGGAAACACACCUCUCAUUACAGCUGCGGAAGAAAACCUAUCAGAGGUUGUUGAGAUUCUUCUGGAAAGGGGCGUAGAUAUCACCCUUUGCAAUUACAGCAAUCAAACUGCGCUCCAUGUGGCUAAUGGUGACAUCCAGAGACAGCUCUUGGCAGACAAGGGAAUUCAGGCUCCCCAAAUGCAGCUCCUGCGAAGUUCGUGGCAAGGUGACCUGGAUCAGCUUCAACACUUGCUGGCAUGUGAAGAGUUCCUGGAUAUAAAUUUCCCCAACUCGCACGGUCUGACCCCUCUGAUGCUGGCUGUGAGAGAUGUGGACCUAUUUGAAAGCCUGGAUGUAUUAACAGUCUACAGACCUGAUGAAGUCCUAGCCGAGCUCCUCCGGCACCACGCAGAUCCUAAGCUUUGUGAUUUCAGUGGCAAGUCAGCAAUACAUUAUGUGUCACAGAUUGGCAGCUGGAGGAAGCAGCAGUUAUUGGACAUCCUGAUGAAUUCUAUGCCCAAACCAGAAAGACACGCCGAGUCGCUGCUUGACAUCUGUCAAGAGGCAGGCUCUACUUCAAUGGAUAUGACAGUUUCCAAAACGGAAAACAUCACCUUGCAGAGCAUCAGCAGCAGUGAGGACUUUGACCUUGAAGACGACUUCAACCCGCCCGUAUUGGCUGGGGAAGGGGCAGCUCCCAGGAGUGAAGGCUGGCCACGAAGGACAGAAGGUGUUGAGAUUAUUGUGACGUUUCCACCAGAUCCUCCCCAAGAAGCAAGUCAAGAAGGUUUGAAAGAAAUCAAUCAGGUGACUUCAGAGCAUCAGGAGUGGGGACAAGUGCAUCCUGUCUCUCCACCAAAUGAAGUGGAGAUGGUGGACCUCACGGCAAGGAUGCUAACCACACAGCCGUCACUCCUGAAGACGGAAGGAAGCUCUCAGGAGCUCUGUGCUGCGGACGUGGCCCUCUCACCACCCAGACCUUGCUUAGACCCAAGCACUGCUACAUCUGCAGCCAGGGAGGAGGAUCCUCAUGCUCUGAAACUACAGCAAAGGAAAUCUGAUGAGUCUCCUACCACUGACAUGAGGUACAGUAGCCGAAGAACCGAGAUUCCUCUGCCACCACUCUCACUCUUGCCCAUGAGAUCUUGUGUCUUCAAUAUGGAAAAAAGCCCCAAGUUCCUGAGGCACAGGGAGAGAAAGGUCCCCAGCCUCAGCCUGUCAGUGCCUAAGCUCCUGGAGCCUCUUAGCCAGCCUCUUAGCCAAUCGGCUGAGUUUAGUUCAUCAAAGAACCAUCAAGAAGUCACGUGGGAAGGAGCCGCAGGACACACCCUCAGGGGUUCUGACUGUGCCAUCUGGUCUAGAAACAUGUGCACUUUCCGGAAGAGCGGAAAACACGGGGGAGUAGCAGAGAAUUGGCGAUCCCAGAAAACGCAAGGGUGGGAUAAAACUGAAACCUCCGGCUUUGAAGACGGGCCAUCUUUGUUUUCCUGUGAAAGUAUCAAGGAAGACACUACUCCUACAGAGAGGGCAAGGGAUAGCGGGUGCCAUGUUAGUGAAAUGAGAAGAGGGGGCGAGGACGCCCAAUACCUUUUAUCAAGAAAAAAAGAGAGUUUGACAGCCAGAGUGGUUGAGCAAACUUCAGAGGUUGAGCAUCCCAUUCUCGGCAAGCUCCUGGAAGCCUCGAAUUCAGAAAUAACCCCAGCUGAGGAGAAAGAGGUCGGGAAUGAGAAAGAUCCUGAUUCCAAAAGCAACUCUGUACACAGAGCUGGAGCGGUGGAGCCACACGCAGUGUUGGAAGAGGUCAGUGUUCCCAAGAACAUACCCAGUAUGAACUCUGACGGCCCCACUGAAGAGCUCCUGGAAGGCUUUAGAGACACAGAAUGGAACAGAAAAACACCAGUAGAGGAAGAAACAAAUCCAGAAAUGAAUGGGGUGGUGUCACAUACUCACAUCACAUUCCCUGGAGAAGGGACACGCAAGGGACCCACUAGAGCCAGACCAAACCUACGAAGGAGAAAGCACCCAGUGCAGAACAGGAAUAGCUUCAACAUACUUGCUCAACAAGAACGCGGCAAGCUCCAGACAAAUACUCAUGGAACCAAGUUGGACUCAAGGACCAAGGCCGGGAGCAGACCACCUCCUGACCUCAUGGUUCCCAUCCAAGCGGCCAUCAAGCCCAGCAUGCAUAAACACAGCAUAAAGACUCAGGUUUUCCCUGCUUUGGAACUUACGGACCACAGACCUCAUCCGCCAUCCAAGUUUCAAAGGAGGGCACCUCUGACAGAAAAAAAGUCCGCGUAUCAGACCCAGAAACCUAAAAAGCAAGCAUUUCCUCGAAUCUGUAAAAACGCGGGCAUGAAAAAGCCAGGCAUUCCCCUCUCCGCUGAAACAACAGACCCGAGACUGCACUUUCUGGACUUGAAGUACAGUGACAUGUUCAAAGAAAUCAACUCAGCCUCCAAUGGACCAGGUAUCUAUGAGAUGUUUGGAACUCCCGUUUAUAGUCACAUUCGAGAGGCAGAAAGGCAUGAACACAGAUAUUACCGUGAGCUAUGUACAGCUCCAUCAGGCCGAUGUGUCCUUAAUAAGUGCCAGUCUUCCCAAAGUGACAGAUGCACCAAUGGCCGGGCAAGACUUCUUCAGAAGAGAUCACGCGUUAAACCCCCAAAGCCUUCGCUUGGUCUCAAGCAAAAGCACAGAGGGUUAAUUUCUAAAGAUAAGGGUUGCAAGGGUAUGGGUAGCCACACAGAGGAUAGCGUUUCAGAACCAGAUUGGCAGAUAAAAUCUUCAGGAAAUGACUUUCUGUCUUCCAAAGAUGAAGGUCAACUCACAUACUUGACCCCAAUCCCUGAGCAGUCCCCUGAACAGAAAGAAACCCCUCCUGUCUCAGAUCUAUCCAUUGUUGAGGAAAUCUUCACUGAGGACUGUGCAAAUGAAGAAGGCAUUCUCAACAAUGACAGUCUUACCCAAAGCCUUGAAGAUCUGAAAGAGCUCGAAGGCCUGCACCCCCAGACCCCGCUCGGUCCUUCAGAAAACAGCUGGGCUGUGCUCAGUGAGAAGCGUUCAGGCAAGCAUGUGUCACCAGAAAAGCACGACGUAGAACCUCCUGACAAAAUAAACGAUGGCCAGAUGUUCACAGGUUACCUGGAGUUCGAUAGCCUUUCAGAUAAUUCUAGAACACUGGUGAGCAUUUCCAGCUUCUCUUUCCAGGAGAACCCAGAAUGUGCACCUUCCCCUACAGAACAACUCUGGGCACGUUCUUUGGAUCAGGAUAGCUUAGAAAAUAACUCCACCACAUACCCAACAUUUGGGAAGAUUUCCCAGGAAAUCCUAGACCCAGGAAAGAAGGAAGAAUUGACAGACGAGUUGCUAGGUUGUCUACUUGAAGAGCUCUUAGCCCUCGAGGAGAAAGAUAACAGCUCUUGCCAAAUAAUGACAAAUGAGGCAGACGCCAAAAACCUGAAUCUUGUCUUCGGUAGGAGAGGCAAUACCAUCGAAGAGCUGGACAGAGGGACAACAGAUGUCAAACUACAGAGAUGUAUUAAUGGAUUCCGGAUAUAUGAUGAGGAAAAUUUUCUUACCUCAAAUGAAAAGAAGACACUUUCUGACAAGAGUUUAAAACAUGAAGAGGCUAUAUUCUGGACCAAGGGUGAGAUCCUUGGGAGAGGAGCCUAUGGCACAGUAUACUGUGGGCUCACCAGCCUGGGGCAGCUAAUAGCUGUAAAGCAGGUGGCCUUGGAUACGUCUGAUAAACUCGCUACUGAGAAAGAAUACCGGAAACUGCAGGAGGAAGUGGAUUUGCUGAAGGCACUGAAGCAUGUAAACAUAGUGGCUUAUCUAGGGACAUGCUUGGAGGAGAACACUUUGAGCAUCUUCAUGGAAUUUGUCCCUGGUGGUUCCAUCUCUAGUAUAAUCAACCGCUUUGGGCCACUGCCUGAGAUGGUGUUCUGUAAAUACACAAGACAGAUCCUGCAAGGUGUGGCUUAUCUCCAUGACAACUGUGUGGUACAUCGAGAUAUCAAAGGGAACAACGUCAUGCUCAUGCCAACUGGAAUAAUAAAGCUGAUUGACUUUGGCUGUGCCAAGCGUUUGGCCUGGGCAGGCUUAAAUGGUACCCACAGCGACAUGCUCAAGUCCAUGCGUGGGACUCCAUACUGGAUGGCUCCUGAGGUCAUCAAUGAGUCUGGCUAUGGAAGGAAAUCAGAUAUAUGGAGUAUUGGCUGCACCGUGUUCGAGAUGGCCACAGGGAAGCCUCCUCUGGCUUCCAUGGAUAGGAUGGCAGCCAUGUUUUACAUUGGAGCCCACAGAGGCCUAAUGCCUCCUCUACCUGACCGAUUCUCAGAACCUGCUGUAGACUUUGUGCGUUUGUGCCUGACCAGGGACCAGCAUGAGAGACCGUCUGCUCUCCAGCUCCUGAAACACUCCUUCCUGAAGAGAAGCCAGUGA